AUGGGUCAGUCUAAGAGAAGAAUCAGCAUCAUCUUGGGUUUGCUCUUAAUGUCAGGUUUCUGGUUGUGUUCAGUGUCUCUAUGUUGCAGUAAACUGUCCUGUAAAGCAGGCCAUAGUGGUCCAACCCAUGAGUCCAUCCAGGCUGUGUUUAACCUGGAACCCUUCCGGCCAGCAGUUAACCUCAGCAAUCCCACCAUAGCUAACAUCUCCUUCACCCUCUAUGCUGUCCUGGGGGUGAAUGAGAAAACCCAAAUACUCACUACGUUCUUGUGGCUGAGACAGUACUGGCAGCAUGAGUUCCUGGUUUGGGACCCGGAUGAGUGUGACGGUGUCACCAAGAUUUCGCUCCCUGUGAAGAAUCUCUGGUCUCCAGACAUCAUAGUUUAUGAGUUCGUGGAUGACGAUGUUUCCCAAGCUUGCCCUUACGUCUACGUCAACCACACAGGUCACAUCCGCUGGGACAGGAUGCUUCGGCUUGUCUCCGCCUGCAACCUGAAGAUCUUCAGUUUUCCUUUCGACAUGCAGAAUUGCUCAUUUACUUUCGGCUCCUAUAUGCAUACUAUAAGGGACGUGAGGCUCAGUCCAGCUUUGAGCUUUCAGGAGAUGUCUCGAAACUCAAAGCGUUACCUGGAAGCCAGUGGGGAGUGGGAACUGGUGGACAUACUGGGAGAGGCCUCCAUCCUUCAGUUUGGGGUCGACGAAUGGGACAUCAUCACCUUCUGGGUGGUAAUAAAGCGGCGGCCGGUGCUCUACGUGGUCAAUCUGCUGAUCCCAAGCUCCUUCCUCAUGCUCAUCGACAUCCUGUCCUUCUACCUGCCCCCCCACAGUGUGGACCGCGCCUCCUUCAAGAUGACUCUCAUCCUGGGCUACACCGUCUUCCUGCUCAUCAUGAACGACCUGCUGCCCAGCACGGCCAACGGCACACCCAUCAUAGGUAUCUAUUUCUCCGUGUGCCUGGCCCUCAUGGUCAUCAGCCUAUUGGAGACGGUCGUCAUAACGAAUGUCCUCCACAAUAACACCAUGAAAUAUAAAGAGGUUCCAAGCUGGGUAAGGGUUGUUGUCCUCAAGCACAUAGCCAACCUCAUCUGCUACCAAUGGCCGGAGCGUGACAAGGCCCCCGCUACAUCACAGAAGGAUGAACCUGAAAUUUUAAAUGGGGACUCUGGGGUGUGGAUUGUCCAACCAGCCAGCCGGACGCCUGCACAGGACCAAAGCAGCAGCCUAGGUGCAGCUGCUCUGCCUGAACUGCAACAGAUCUGUCGAUACCUGGGAGACCUUCAUGACCACCUCACCUCAAUGCACAAGGAGAGCGAGCUGCAGGACCAGUGGUGCCAUGUGGGAUAUGUCCUCGACUUCCUGCUCUUCCGCAUCUAUCUGCUGCUCAUCUCCUGUUACGCGAUGGUCAUCAUCUCAAUGUGGUGCGUCUGGAUCAGCCAGUCCUAAGGGAGCGAUUUAGGGACAAUUCAUAAGGUAGUCCAAGUAACACAUGAAAACAAAAACAAUCUGUGUAGGUAGAAGAUACAACAAUGUCAAUGUUGUUAAUGAGUCAAUGUUUAGUUUUAGUUUCACAAGGCAGCACCAAACCUAACCUUUUUCUUUGUAUACGAUAGUCAGAGUGAAUCCUCGAUUCUGAUUGGCUGCAGGGUGGAUGUUUAAUUUGUAAUGAUGGACACAUUUUGGGGCUGUUCUAAUAAAGUAAAUUAA